GGCUCAGGUAACAGGUUGCUCCGCAGAGGCGGAGGAGGACAGAAGGUGUGAGGAGCGGCCGCCGCGCGGAAGGCGACGAGGACCCGUUCAGAACUCCAUCCUUUGGGGAAUGGACCACCAGAUGAACGGGGUCAUGGCCGAGAAGCACAGCCCCAGCCCCAUCGACUACGGGGUUCAGAUCCGGUUCAUCGACGACCUGAAGGAGCCCAACAGGUCCCAAAAGAUCCGCCCCAAGAUCGCCAAGCCAGGUUCUUACGGCGUCGCAGUGCGCGUCCAGGGCAUCGAUGGGCAGCCGUUCGUAGUCCUCAACAGCGGGGAGAAAGGCGGGGACUCUUUCGGGGUUCAGAUCAAAGGCGAGAGCAAAUACGGGACCCCAGCCCGGAACCCACAGCCCGAGGAGCCCUUCCUGGGGUCACCUGGAGCAGCGUCAUCAUCCAAGGACGCCUCAGGGUCCAUCAGCUCGGACUCGGAUCUCCCAGAGAACCCAUAUGCGGCAAAACUGCCUCGCUACGGCUCCCAGUACAGCACGUCCGAUGAGGAACAAGGCCCAAAGCGCCGCUCCCAGGUGCCCAAAUCGGACAGCGUGGAGACAGCCUCCUCUUCUCAGAGCAACGGAUCAUCUCUGCCCAGGGGCAGCGGCUACAGGACGUUACCCCACAAAAAGUCCUACGGGGACCAGCUGCGGAGGACUCAAUCUCAGGGCUCCUUGCUGAGUCCCGAUACAGAGGAGUCCCGGGUGCCCAGCCCUUCCAGAGCUCAGCCCGUCCACGCUCCCCAGCCGCCCCCCACAGGAGGGACCACGAGGAGCGCCAGCAUGACGAACCUCACCGGCAGAAGAGGGCCCAGCCCGAGAGACGAAAUCGGCAGCGUCUCGGGCUUGCGGCCCGUCAGCAGGCAGCCGUUGCUGGAGGUGGAGGAGUUGUCUCCAGCCCCGCCGGCGAAUGAGGGCGGCGACAUCGACACCAAGCCGCUGUCCUCGGUGGACGCCCUGAUCAACAAAUUCGACGGGAAGGCCCCGCAGAGAGGCAGAGGCUCCCGGAAAAGCCGGGUCCUGCCCGAGGACCGGAAGCGCUCGCAGAGCCUGGACGGCAGGGUGCCGUACCACGACACGGCGGACUGUCGGGAGCUGGGCGUCGGUGGGCACCAGGCGAAUUUUGGAGGCGGGCCCACGGCUCCGGCGGCCAACCCGGCAGGAAACAGAAGCCGCGGCUCGGCCGCCGGGCCGCGGCCGAAAGAGAACGGGGUGGACAAGUCCAGACUGACCCAGGAGUGGGUCAAUAAGAGCCUGGAGGAGCCCGCGAUGGGCAAGCAGCUGAGCAAAGUACAGCCGGACCUGCAGCUGAAGUCCACCCCAGACCUUCUGAAAGACCAACAGGAGCUCUCUCAGCCGGGGAGCAGUGAGCAUACAAAGGCCCUGAUCUACGGAAUCUUGAAGGAUGGGAGCACGGAAAGCGAAAGUUCUGUGAAGAGGAAAACGAACCUUGUUCUCGAGAAGAUCCAAGCCCUCUCUGCCGAGCGUCGGCAGAUGGAGGAGAGCCUGGGGGACGCCACGGACCAAGAGCAGGAGUUGCUGCUCUCCAAGAGGUCGCUGGAGAGCCGCCUGGAGGAGGCCCAGCGGAGCCUGGCCCGGCUCUCACGGGAGCACGAGGACCUGACUGUCUCUUACCAUGAGGAGGCCAAGCAGAAGGAGCAGCUGAAGAGGGCCAAGAGCGAACUGGAGGAGGAGAAGCGGCUGCUGGACAAGAGCAUCGGGAAGCUGACCAGAGAGCUGGAUCAGAUGACCGAAGAGUCCCACCGGACCCUGUCCGUCCUGCAGUCGCAGCUGGAGGACUACAAGGAGAAGUCCCGCAAGGAGAUAACCGACUCCCAGAAGCAGGCCAAGGAUCGGAACACCGAAGUGGAGAAGAUGCAGUACAACGUGGGGAGGCUGCAAGAUGAGGUCACGCGACUCAAGCAAGCCCUGCAGGACAGCCAAGCCGAACGGGAGAACGCCGUGUUGGACAAGGAGCUGCUGGCUCAGCGCCUCCACAACCUGGAGCAGGAGAUGGACUCCAGGCGGCGGUCCCAGGACGAUCGAUCCCGGCAAGUCAAGGCGCUGGAGGACAAAUCAAAACGGCUUGAAGUGGAGCUGGAUGAGGAAAGGAAUACAACCGAGCUGUUAACGGAGAGGAUCAACCGUACCCGCGACCAGAUCGACCAAUUGCGUGCUGAGCUGCUACAGGAGCGUUCCGUCCGGCAGGACCUGGAGUGCGACAAGAUUUCUCUGGAGAGGCAGAACAAAGACCUCAAGAGCCGCCUGGCCAGCUCCGAAGGGCUGCAGAAGCCCAGCGCCAACAUCUCGCAGCUGGAGUCGAGGAUCCAGGAGCUGCAGGAGAAGCUGCAGACCGAAGAAAGAGAGAAGAGCCUCCUGGUGUCGUCCAACCGCAAGCUGGAGCGGAAGGUGAAGGAGUUGAGCAUCCAGAUCGAUGACGAGAGGCAGCACAUCAACGAUCAGAAAGACCAGCUCAGCUUGCGGGUCAAGGCGCUGAAGAGGCAGGUGGACAGUGCCGAAGAGGAGAUCGAAAGGCUGGAGGCGGCGCGCAAGAAAGCCCAGCGGGAGGUGGAGGAGCAGCACGAGAUGAACGAGCAGCUGCAGAACCGGAUCCGGGCCCUGGAGAAGGACCUGUGGCGCAAGGCAGCCCGCUCCACGGCAGAGUCCUCCCUGAAGGAUGACCACUUGAGCUCAGAUGAGGAGUUUGACAGCGCAUACGGCCCAUCCUCCAUUGCAUCCCUCCUGACCGAAGGGAACCUCCAGACCAGUUCCUGCUAGCAGCGUUGGGCUGGGCGCCCUGGGAGGAGGGGAGAUAUGCCUCAUCCCUCCUCGUUGAAGCCCCCGAGUGGACAUGGGAACACCCGUUCAGAAAAAUGUCGCCUCGCAAAGGAACAGUCACAGCGUCUGCCGUAUCGGGCAGAGAAGUAUAAGAUGUGGGGGGGAGACACCCCUUGGGCCUUUUCCGUAAAAAGUGGACCUCUUAUCGAUGUGAAGGAAAGAUUUUUUUUUUUUUUUUGCUCGGAGAGAGGCAGUGUGUAAAAUAGCGGGGGGGGGGGGGAAUUAUAUUUAACCUAUAUCGUUUCUUGAUUUGGUACUCAGGGCAUUGGUGAAUGAAUGAUUCAAAGCAAAAACGAAAGGCGGAUCUCUUUCUUAACCAAAUUUUAAUUUUUCUGUGUAUAUAGAGGCCUAAACGUCUGUGUAUGUAUGUAAAAAUGCAUGAAUACUGAAAUCAAUGUGCAAUAAGGAGGGGGCGUAAUUUUGGGGAGAUUGUAUACGAGGGUGUCUCAAAGGGGGGGGCACUAUAGCCUUCCUUGGCAGACACACCUACAGGUGCGUUGAGCUGUCGGUAGAUGUAUUCCGAGGUGGCCUUAACAAUUGUCUUGUCCUACUCUUGGCUGGAGGGUCUUCAGCGCGAGGCGUAGGAGUUGGAAAAGCCCAAACGUUGCUUUGUGAUUGGGCAACCUUCUCGGGGGCUUGGCUUGUAAUCUUUUCCAAGACUCUCAAAGCCAAUUUCUGAUUCUCUCGUACAUCCUUUUCUUAUGUUUCCUUGUCUACUGUCUGGAUCCCCACUGCGCAGUCCAAGGAAUGCGUUUUGUUUGCCCAGAAGCGGAACCGGCUUUGGAAUGGAUGUGCCUGAACCAAGGAAAAGAGGCCUACUUUUUAAUUUUUUUCCCCCAAGAUUUCAGCAAGGCAGGCAGGGUACUGAUAGGAUUUCCAUGUAACUCAUAAUUCAGUGGGUGGUCAUGGAAGCCAGACACGUCGAGAGACAGAUCUGAUGAGAGUCAAAGAUUUGACUUUCAAAAGCUCAUCCCCUGGAAAUCUUACUUAGUCCACGGUAUUCACUUGAUCUAAGUAGUCCGGCACCGACCGAUUGUCAAGGAUCUAUUUGGCAUCUUGUCGAAAGAUAGCUGAUGAAACUUUUCUGUAUGGAGAAGAUCCAGUCUCUCGCACUCCUCAAGUUGUGUUGGGAGCAAGGUUGUUGGUAUUCUUGCAGGAUAUGAGGGAGGAAACGUUUUACAUUCGUUGUCGGGAACCGAGAAGCCUGCGGUAUGAUGAACUACAAACCCUCUCGUCUGUGCUACCAGAUCUUAUAAAUCUCAAGCGUUCUGACUCCAGUGGUCUCUGACUUUCCUUAUGCUGACAGUACCAUCAGCCCUACUGUUUUUAGGGAAGAUGACCCAAAUCCUGAUGCCUAUGAGUCACUUUCUAUCUUACCAUUUAAAGAGGGGAGUGCUCUUGAUAGUCUCUAUCCAAAAAGGUGAUCCACGAGGAAGUAAUACAUGUUGCUAAGAACUCCCUCACAAUCUGGGGAGAAGGAAUACUGGGGAGGUUGAUCCCAUGGACUGGUUCAAAUUUCAACAAGCUUCUUAUAUCAGGGGAAGCACCACCAUCAGUGGGACAGAUCUGCGGGUUCUAGUCUGGAGGCUCAGUCAGAGGGGGAGCCAUUUCACAAAACUCUUCCUCUGCAGGUUCUACGUGAGUGCGAGUUGGGGGGAGCGUCUGCAAAGCAAUUGAAGAUAUAUGGUGUCUUGUCUCGUAUGAAUAUCCCGGCCAAGAUUCCUGAACCAACUCAUCAAAUGCAUAUCUCAAACAUUCUCUCGUACAACUAUCAGCGAGUUGCAAAAAUUACGACUGAGGCCGCACUCCAGUCUCAAUGCAUUUUCAGCGGGGACACGGGUAAGGUCACGCGAGCAUCAGUCUGUGCCCUUGGGCACCUUCUCAUUGACCUCACAUUCAAUCCCACUUUGCAGACCAGGCCAGACCGGAAACACUCUUUGGCACUGAACCUUCGUAAGGGCUCUUUUUCCCUCUCGUUUCCGUAACAGUACCCAGUUUGGGUGUCCCCACACAAACCUUUCCAGGCCUUGCACUGUGUGCCUUAUUCCUCAUCCAUCCCUCAAAGGGGAAUUAUUUUGAGGUCCUUUUUUUGCUCUGGAUUCCAAAUGUGGAGGUCAUGCUUGAAAACACACCACUGGUGAUAACGGCAUGACUGUGGUACUUGUACAUCUGUGUUUUCUCAAGCUGAGGGAAAGGGGGCCACCUUGCUGGCUUUGUUUUUUUGCUCUGCACCUGAAAACUUCCUGAACCUGUCUCACAAGGGUGAUAAAUGGGAAUCCUUAAAGAUGGGUAGCCCUCUACAGCUGAACAGUUGCCCAGCAGAGAGGAAGGUGGGUUAACAGGCGAGGUCUUUUGUUCUCAUUGGAGACAGUCAUCAAACCAAACAGCCUUUGCAUUUGCAGGAGGGACAUUUGCUGCAGAAAAUGCCUUACAUGGAACUCCCUUCCCAGUUAUCCCGCUUCUGAGGCCUUUAGCAGAGGCAUCCUUGGGUAGUUUGUGGUACAAAAGAGGAUUUGUGGUAGAGCCACAGACGAGCGUAGGGAAGGGGGCUAUCUUCUGUACCGAAGGUUGUCCCCAUUGUAAAUCCAGUCGGAGCGUUGAGGUGACUGGAGGCCCUGCUUCUCUUGCCAAAUUUCAACAAGUGUCUGUUUCUCUGGAGCUCGAUCUUGUUGCUAAUUGCAAGCGCCUAAGAAAGGCUUCCUCAAAAAGAUGACACCUUCUCGACCAGCCCUGCGAUCACAGGAAAUUCUUGGAAGGGCUUUCAUUUUGCUGUCAGAACUGGAGAAGGCUGACCGAGGAUAGCGUUUGUCAGCUUUUAGGAAACGGAGGCCUGUCACUUAGCACCUCCAUGUUAUGAUCAGCAUGUGUGCAAACCAGAUGUUCAGACCUUGGCCCAGACAGCUCUGCUAUGACGAGUGUCGAAAGCAGGGCAACCAGCUUGCUCGUUCAUCAAUGCCUCUCUGCUAUCUCCCUUUGCCCUGUUCUAGCUCAGUCACCAGAGGAUUUGACUGAUUUGGGCUUGGUUGCUAGCAACGACAGGCCUUCCGAUUGCUGUCAAACCAGGAACAAUCUGCUUGGAGGAACAGCGGACCAGUGAACCGUCAGGAGCUCCAGUGUUAAAUUUGCUGCCCGGUUGCAACAUCCGUUUCGCUCCAGAUUCUGUAGGAAACAUGGUAGAGCUUGCUUGCAAAACUCGUCCGGCCAUCUUGCCCCGGUGGUAGUUUGCACAUUCUCAGGACGGUUCUUUUAACGCUGGACUUUUUUCUUUCGGUCGUUUUUUUUCUCCAACCUCCCCAGAGCUUGGAGGUUGAGCUGUGAGGGUUUCCCCCGGGCCCACUCACCGGAUGAACAUAAUCUAUCGGCAGGCUGAACGGAGCCGGUCAGCGAUACGUUAUGGCUUGGUAGCUGCUGAACAAUCCUUUGUGUUCUUGCAAUCUUUGGCAUGUGCCCAAAUCAUGACAUUUUGUGCCUCUGGUGGACCCACCGUAUGUAGCAAUUGUAUUGUGGCGAGUCGCGGGUUUGCGUGGGCUUGGUUUAGUAUUCAAGUUGAGCAUUGGCUGCAGAGUUCAGGGCACUGUGGCCCUCUUGUCCACGCUCCAGAUCUGCUUGAUUCCUCAAAGUGUUACGCUGGCCAAAAAUCAGCGCACGUUCCCAGAACACCGGCUUGUAAGCGCCCUGAAUUCACACAGAACUUGAAUUCCGGUCAGGUUUGUGGCAAAGCUUUUGGCGGAUACGGAAAACUCUCUUUUUGGAGCUCAGCGCAGAUGACAACGGUCGCCAUUCACGCCUCUCUCAAAGGCUGACUGCGGUAGGCAGACCUGGCCAAGUGUGAUACUUGACCUUCUGAAGGGCUCCAGAACACAUCUUGCCACCCUGGACAGCCAAAGACGCAGUGGCUUCAACCCCAACCGUGUCUUAGACCCUCUGUGCAACCAGGCUGCACAUAGAUGGUGGCCACAGUUUAAGAAAUGCGUCACCGUACCGCACGGGGAGUUCUGAGCACAUGAACUUGCUCUGAAUCUCAUUCAAAGACAAAUUUUAGCAGAGGGCAAACUGGCGAUGAUAGGCAAGCACCUAUCGGGCUAAAUGGACAGCUGUCCAUCAGAGCUCCAAAGUGGUAUCUUGAAAGAAUGAUAUUACGAAAAUAAGCCUAUCCACUUCCGCCACAUGCUCAGCUUGCCGGGGGCCAAACCGUGGCUGACUUUUUACACCGAGACCUCUGAAGCUAUACUUCUUAACAACCAUGCAAUAAUUUUGAUGUAUAUUGGUGGGGCAGGUAGGGCGGGGGGGGGGGGGCAGAAAUAUGAUCAAAAUGGAAUGUUGAUCCUGGAUUGUGCACACACCCUGCGGCGCUGGGUUUGGACCUUUUGAAAUGGCUGCUAAUGUGAUUUUAUUAUUUGUACUUUUUGUUGAUUUCUUUCCAGAUUUAUUUUUUUCCCCUUUAUUAAAAGAACAAACUUGUAUAUUGAUUUUUAAAAUUAAAAAAAAGACCUAUAUUCA